AUGUCAUCCAAAUUAGAAGUAACUUUAGACGAUAAAUCUCCAGUUUGUUACCAGGCGUGUCCGUUUCGAAUUAGUUCGCAAGUGACGGUCGUAGACGAUUCAGAAGAAUUUGUCCGUCCAGAAAAUCCCCUGAACCAGCUUGCUUCGGAGCCCGAUGGCUCUGCGGCACAUCAAGUCUCUAAUAUCGAGUGGUAUCGUUCGCGAUCGCACGCGUUUGGAACGACGCGCUUCACCUGUAUAGAAAGUUUGUUGAAAGCAGCCGAGCUACAGCCAUCGGAAAUUAUCAAACUAGACUUCAAUGGGUGUGGCUACACAAAUUUGCACGUGCAAAUAGCACUCGAUACAUUGCUGAACCGAAUUCGCCCGCAAUGUUUGACGGAAUUGCGUCUGUGCCGGAAUCGGUUAUUCAAUCGUUCGUUGGCGCAGGUUCUUGGAAAUGUCCUGCAAGAGUUUCAAACCAUAGUCCACCUUUCGGUUUCUUUCAACACGCUGGACGACGACUGUGUCGGUAUCCUAGGUGACGCGUUGUCCAACUCUGGAGUGCGCAGCUUCGAAGCGAGCCAUUGCCAGAUAACCGAUAAAGGAGGAUCUCUUUUCUUAACCGCCAUGGCUUACAGUGAUUGUAUCGAAAAUAUUCAGCUCAGCUGGAAUCAUAUUGGGAUGGCCAGUGGUGUCGCUUUGGGCAAAUUUCUAUCCGUGCAACGUUCGCUGGUAGAGUUAAACUUAUCCGGUAAUCACUUAUACCCCGAAUCGCAAUCGAUCGUUCCAUUGCUGCAAGGUUUAAUCGGUAAUGAGGUGUUAGAGAGUCUCGAUCUUUCCUGGAAUGGGAUCCGGGGGGAAGACUUUGGACGAGUACUGGCGAAAGCGGUUCCUCAGUCGAAAUUGAAACGUCUCAAUCUGGAGCAUAACCUGCUCGCCACCGACGAGAUGAUGUUCGUCGUAAGAAUGCUUAAGAAAAGCGAAACUCUAGUGGAACUUCGUUUGGGAGGUAACUUUUUCGAAGAAGAGCCUUCACAAGAAAUCGUAAGGACCGCCGGGCGUCACGCGUCCCUCGUGCUAUUGUCCUUUGGUCGAUUCCAUUUCGUCUCACAGCGUACCGCCAAGUUGUGUGAGUUUUUCAAGCGAAAAACGUCAUCCAAACAGUUCGUUUACCAGGGCGUUCUGUUGGCCAAUCCGCCUCGGCCGGUGGAUGUGCAAGAUAUGCUGCUGGAACGCUGCCGGUUUCUGGCGAUGAAACCGAAGAAGGCGAAUUUAAAGCGCGACAUUGGUCACCUUAUGCUGCAGUUUCGGGAGCAAGAAAAUGCGAUCCUCACACGGGACGAGUUUUUGCUUGCGGUGAAACAGUUCCGUGUCAAACUUGAUCGUGCUUUGAUCGAGGCGUUGAUGGACGCAUUCGCAGUUCAGAAGGGAUCUGUGGACACCAGAACAAUGGCAGGCAAAUAUCUGAUCCGUCAUCCCACCGACCCACCGGUAAAGGCACCAAAGCCCACGAAGGGAAACUCGAAGAAGAAGAAAUGA